UAUUUUUAUUUCCUUGUCCUCUUUAUUCUUCCUCCCAAUCCCUUUCCGCCGCCUCCUCCCCUCUCUCGACGUCGACCUCCUUCCUCUCCCUUCUCCUCUCUCGCGACGCCGAGCCACCGUCGGCCUCUUCCCCGAUCUUCUCCUCACCGUCGCCCAUGCCCUAAUUUCCUUUCAUCUACUGCACCUCCCGAUCGUCCUCUUCCCCGAUUUCUCCCUAUUUCCUUGCGUCUUCGCCACGGAUAGCCUGAUUUCGUCGACGCUGUGCAACCAUCGAGCCUUCCUUCUUCUCUGUUGAUCGCCUAGAUCCCCUCGCCUCGGCUUCUUCAUCAUCGGCGUCAACCAACAACCCCCCCCUCUUCCGAGCCUCUCCUCGUUGAGAAGCUCGAUGCCGACCGCCCAUCACUGUGCCCUCACCGAUUGAUUCGAAGCUGCGGUGCUGGGCGAUGACGACGCCACUAGUUGAUCCAUCUCCGCCGUCAGUUGAUCACCAGAUUCCCUCCCCCAUAUGCCAAUCGCAGCAAGCACCAACAUCGUCCAGUUCACAAUUAGUCGGGCUUUCCAUCUACUCCACCGAUCACCCCAGAUCUACUCCAAGCCAGAAACUCGCAGCCAGUUCAGUUUUGGGGAGGUUGGCUAGCUACGAUGACACCAUCUUAUUGGUUCGGAGAGGAGAGCUCCACUACUAUUUAUGCUAUGAUUGGAUUUCUCCUUCAAGCAGUUGUGGAUCCAAAUAUAAGUUUAGAUCACAACAACUCCACCUAACGCCGACGACCCUUUCCGACAACAAUUUCUCCGGCAGUGAAUCAAUGUGGGAGCAUCUGAGAUUUGGGACUUUGAUAUAGGGCGAACGACAUGGGAAUUAUUUUUAGCAUGAUCGACAGAUUAAGAUACAGGUAAAAGGAAAAUGGACUAGCAGUGGAGGCUGGAGGGCAAUGCAGAUGAGGAU